UAGGAGAGAGAUCACUGCCAUUGAGCAGUUUCAAUAAGAAAGCCUGGCAGAUUAUUGGGAGAGGUUUAAUAGGCUCUGCACAGCCUGUCCAAACCACCAAAUUUCAGAGCCAUUGCGCCUGACUUAUUUUUAUGAGGGCCUACGGUUUGAGGAGAGGAUGUUUGUGGAUGCAGUUGCUGGAGGAUCCCUACUAGACAAGACACCAACAGAAGCAAGGAAGUUGUUGAGCAAAAUGGCUGGAAAUGAUCCUGAUGAGGUAUCUGGUCAACAAAGAACUCAGGUUUACUCUGAACUUAACCUUCCAAUUGAGUUCUCUGAGGUUCAAGAGAAUUUUCAUGCUUUUGAAUUGCUAAAAGUUGAACCCAUGAAGCCUGAUUUGAAUUCUACAUUUAACAUGCCUGUGCAUUCUGAUAUUCUUGAUUCUGCAUUUCAAAUUGAACAUAUUAACAUACCAAUUGUUGUUUCAGAUACAUGCAUUGAUCUUAAUAGCAUAUUGUAUGAUAGCCUUGAUGAUGCAGCUGAUGACUUGGAGAUUGAAUUAAAGGAAGCAAGAAAUUUUGGAAGGCUUGGAGAGGUUCCUAUCCCAAUACCAAACACUCAACAGCUGCCAGUGGAAGAAGAGUUGCUAUUGCAGCAGUUUAAUUGGAAGAGUGAGAAGCAAAACCUGGCACCUGCGAGAGCAAUGCUGCUUAAACUAAGUCCAGGGCAGAAGCAAAUUGGUCCAGCCAGGGAGUUAUUAUAAGGAGUGAUUGAGAGCAUAAGGAGCAAUCUGAUAAGCUCUUUCUUGUCUUUUCUUUUUCAUAGUUUUAAAUAUUUUCUAGUAGGUAGAAUAAUCUUAGGUAGUAUAAUAAAUAGUAGGAUAGAAAAUAUGUUGUUCUAUAUAAAAAUUAAAAAGA